UGGAUAUUUUUUUUUUACGUACGCCGAAAAUCUUCGACACAGGGUGCUGGAAGCAAUGUUUGCUUCUCCUAUACGGAUGCCGCCCUGGGCAGGGAUGGAACCCGCGAACUUGGUCUCAGCAAGGCAACACGUGGCUGAUUGAGCUUCCGAGGAGGGCCAACAGCUCAAUCAUGCCUCGUAGCUAUAAUAGCUUAGCCUUGAGCAAUCUCCCCUGGUGGAUAACGGCCAGCGUCUGAGGUAGAAGGAGAAGAAGCUCACGAUGGGGCCUCCCUCACAAGAAGAAGAAGAAGGAGGAGGAAGUAGAGGCCACUGCCCUCCUGGCUGAAGAAGAAGUAGAAGUAGUUCGAACCAUCUGGUUCCUCGCGAAAGUCGCCCACGGAAAUAGCCGACGAAAUAUUCUUUCCCCAUGGCUGGAAACUUGCGCAAGCAAGUGUGCGCCGUUAUCACCUGCAUCUGGUUGAGCUUCGUCAUGGGCAUCAUCUGCACUUUGCUCGGGUUAAAGCUCAAGGUACAGACCGAGUCUUCGCUCAGGGCCGUGGCACAGUUCAUCCGCCAGCAACAGGAACUCGAGACCCAGAUCGCUUUCCCGGACGACUCAAAGAACAGCGGCUGCACCGACGCGCUCUGCGGGUGGCACACCGAUCACCUGUGGAGACGUCUCAACCUUUCCGUUGACCCCUGCGAGGAUUUCUACUCAUUCGUCUGUUCCACUUCGUGGUUCCAAGGCUCAAAACUCGAAGAUCAGCCAUACGCGCAGUUUUCGUCGGCGCAGCUCAUGGCGGACGUCGAAAGCGCCCUAUCACGGUACUUGGCAGUAGCAGGCGAGGAGUCGACCACCUGGAGCUUCAUACACCAGGCUGCCAAGUUCUUGGAAGUCUGCACCAAUUCCGUGAGGUUUGGGUUCUCCUGGGAAGACGUGAAAGAGGUGUUGAGCGACUUCGGCAUUGCAGGUUGGCCGUACACAACUAACCCCAAAGACGUCGACCUCGUCUCCCUCGCCGGCAAGAUGGAAAGGGAUAUGGGAUUCAGUCCGUUCGCUGACGUCACCCUAUACAACUAUUCCGUCAUAUCUGGCUACCACGUCCAAAUCUCACCUCCCACCACCCUCUUACGGAGAUUCAUCUUGCAUCGGAACUCAACUGGGCUUCCCGUUGCGGUUUACGAGGCUGAAUUACGGAAAGUAUUCGACCAGUUUUUAUCUGAUAAGAACGACGGCGCUCGACUUGCGAACGACAUCUUUGCAUUCGAAAAACACAUGGAAGCGAUUUGCACAGUGGUAGCUGUUCCGGUGAACGAGAGGUUCGUCCACGUACGCGAACUGGGCAAAGUCUCCAAGUGGGACUGGAAGAAAUUUCUCGCCGUCGUGUUCGACGGUGUCCGAAACCAGACGGACGAUAUCGUUAUAUGCGUCCGAUGUUCCUUCUUCAAGAAGUUAACCGUAGUAAUCGAACAAACUCCACCCGACACACUGAUAAACUACAUCGGCCUUCGUAUAUUAGUGACCCUGGCACCUUUACUACCGGAAGGGCACCCGUUUCUGAUAAUGCUGAGCCAGAAGAUAGCGGGACUCGGCGGUGUUACUGAGCGCCUACAUUCUUGCAUGAACCUCCUGGAAAGGGCCUACCAUUACGGAACUGCCAUGAUAGCUCGCAUGUCGUUGUCGAGGAACUUCUUAAACAUUUACAAGACCCACUAUGACAGAGAAGUGACCCGGCUGAUCCAGUCGCUCACGCGCGCAGUGAUCCGAAGGACGAGUAAGAUAGGCUGGAUGUCUGGAGACCACGAGCGAACGAUCGCUGCCGCCAAGUUCCAGACUGUCGUUCACGAGGUCUUCGGCACUGCCCCCAGUCUCUACUGGCCGGCCUUGUAUUACGGCGUCUCUUCGCCGCGAUUCAACGACAGCGACGCCCUACGGAGUUACGUGAAGCUACUGCGACACACUAGGCGAACUUACCUGGCUUCGAGCUCCCCCAACUUGGACUUUGACGCCAAGUACGCCGGGAGCGUAUUUGUACCGGAGACUGCCUACUUCCACUCCAGAAGCGUCCUCUUCGUACCUCAAGCUGUAGUUGGGUUUUUGAACCACGUCUCUAAUACGAUCGAUAGCAGUGUUAUUCCCGUCGUUGGGCGAACAAUCCUGGAGGGACUGAUGAGGGUCCUGGACGGUGUUGGAGCCCAUAUUGACGACAAGCACGUCUUGAGGGUCUGGUGGACUGCCAAUACAUCGUCCAGUAUCAACGCCUUGAAGAACUGUCUCAUUGGUCAGUAUGCGACGACGUAUUGGCCUAACGCUGACAUGAAGCAGUGGGAGAGCUACGUUGACAUCAACAGAUUACUCCGCGAGACGGCGCUACUGCCUCCCCUGUACGAUGCGUUCGUGGCCAGUGGUCCGUCGCCGAUGAGUGUAAAGAUCGCCGACAACAGCGUGUUGGAUUCGAGCAAGCUGUUUUUCGUCAACUACGCGUUGUCCUUAUGCGAUCAUUACCGACGCAAUGACAUAGUGCGCUUGCAGAGGAAGUUGAGGAUUGUACCCGGAGACGUUUUGGUUAACCUGGCGGUGAUGAACUCGAAUGCGUUCUCGCAAGCAUAUAAGUGCGAUGCAGGUUCCGCCAUGAAUCCCGUGAAACGGUGCGUGUUCUGGUGAACCGUGCUGCUGAAUAAUAAUAGUGUAGCCCCUGAGUAUGUUGUGGCCUAUGGAAGCAUCCCACUAUAUAUAAGGCUUAUAAAAAUAUUUCUAGGCUC